CCCGCCGCCCGGGACGGCCACACCCUGCGCGCGGCGCCGGAGCUCGGUCCCCGACCACGGCCCGCAGGCUGCCUGGCCGCGCGCCCCUGCCCGCCUGGCCUCGCGCGGGCCCGGCUCGCCCCUCGCCGCGCUCCGCCCCGGUGACUGCCUCGGCGGGCCGCCCCGCGCCGGGACCAUGCUGCGCUGGCUGCGGGGCUUCGUGCUGCCCGCGGCGGCCUGCCAGGACGCGGAGCCGCCGACGCGCUACGAGACCCUCUUCCAGACUCUGGACCGCAACGGGGACGGCGUGGUGGACAUCGGCGAGCUGCAGGAGGGGCUCAGGAACCUGGGCAUCCCCCUGGGCCAGGACGCCGAGGAGAAAAUUUUUACUACUGGAGAUAUCAACAAAGAUGGAAAGCUGGAUUUUGAAGAAUUUAUGAAGUACCUUAAAGACCAUGAGAAGAAAAUGAAAUUGGCAUUUAAGAGUUUAGACAAAAAUAAUGAUGGAAAAAUUGAAGCUGCAGAAAUUGUCCAGUCUCUCCAGAUACUAGGUCUGACUAUUUCUGAAAAACAAGCGGAGUUGAUUCUUCAAAGCAUUGAUGCUGAUGGGACAAUGACAGUGGACUGGAACGAAUGGAGAGACUACUUCUUAUUCAAUCCUGUUACAGACAUUGAGGAAAUUAUCCGUUUCUGGAAACAUUCCACCGGAAUCGACAUAGGGGAUAGUUUAACUAUCCCCGAUGAGUUCACAGAAGAUGAAAAAAAAUCUGGUCAGUGGUGGAGGCAGCUUUUGGCAGGAGGCGUGGCAGGUGCCGUCUCUCGAACAAGCACCGCCCCUUUGGAUCGCCUGAAAAUCAUGAUGCAGGUUCAUGGUUCAAAGUCAGACAAGAUGAACAUAUUUGGUGGCUUUCGGCAGAUGGUAAAAGAAGGAGGCGUCCGUUCCCUUUGGAGAGGAAAUGGUACAAAUGUCAUUAAAAUUGCUCCCGAGACAGCUGUUAAGUUCUGGGCCUACGAACAGUACAAGAAGUUGCUUACUGAGGAAGGACAGAAACUUGGAACCCUUGAGAGAUUUAUUUCUGGUUCUAUGGCUGGAGCCACUGCACAGACUUUUAUUUAUCCCAUGGAGGUUAUGAAAACAAGGCUGGCUGUGGGCAAAACGGGACAAUACUCUGGAAUAUAUGAUUGUGCCAAGAAGAUUUUGAAACAUGAAGGAUUGGGAGCUUUUUACAAAGGUUACAUUCCCAAUUUAUUAGGCAUUAUACCUUACGCAGGCAUAGAUCUUGCUGUGUAUGAGCUCUUGAAGUCCUAUUGGCUAGAAAAUUUUGCAAAGGACACUGUAAACCCUGGCGUCAUGGUAUUGCUGGGAUGUGGUGCCUUAUCUAGCACCUGUGGUCAGCUGGCCAGCUACCCCUUGGCCUUGGUGAGGACACGCAUGCAGGCUCAAGCUAUGGUAGAAGGAACCACACAGCUGAACAUGGUUGGCCUCUUUCAGCGAAUAAUUUCCAAAGAAGGGAUACCAGGACUUUACAGAGGCAUCACCCCAAACUUCAUGAAGGUGCUCCCUGCCGUAGGCAUCAGUUAUGUGGUUUAUGAAAAUAUGAAGCAAACUUUAGGUGUAAACCAGAAAUGACAUGUUGAAUAAUUAUUGUAAUUUUCAACAAUCUCAGGAAUGAUGUUUUACCCUCCUGGAAUUGAAAUUGGUCUAUGGCAAAAGCUGUAUUUUUUUCAUAAAAAGGAAGAAUAUAUCAAUGAUCAUUUCAAAUAUUGGGGCUUAAUUUUAUGUAUACAGAAAUGCUAAAAAUCAGAGUGUUAAUACAUUUUUAAAAGGGGACAAAAUUAUACUUUUCUUUUCAGUCCUGUAGAUCUUUGCCCUGAACUCUACAUUUGAAAAUGUACUUGUAAAUUUCUUCUGUGUGGUAGAAUUUUAAAUCCUUAAUUUAGUUAGUUCAAACUGAAACGUCUUGUUUUAUAUAUUCUGAAUGUCUUUAUAGACUUCUUAAAACUUCAGUGUGGAACCAAUAACAGAAAAUCAUUACUUUUAAAAUACAGACCUUAUAGCAGCCACGUGAAUGUCGGGUUUAUACUCUUAUUUGUCUUUAAGCUGAAGAGAAAUGAACAUCAGUGAUAGAAUUUUUACAGAGGAGUAAUGAAAUAAUAUCUAUUUCAGUGAGCACUUUUUAUUAUUAAAUCGUAACUGUAUACAUUUAUAGGGUACAUUGUGCUGAUUUGAUAUACAGUGUGGAAUGCUUACAUCAAACUGAUUAACACAACCAUCAUCCCUUACUUGUGGCCAGGCGUUUAUACUCUUAAUAGUUUUGAAAUACACCAUUGCAUUGUGCACAGUUCAUUUUAUGUGUUCUGUUAUUUGGUUCCUGGAAUUAUACACUGAUUUUCAGUAAGUUAUCAACACAAGACAACUGAUAUGAAAGAUUCUGUUUAUUCUGUCCUUGCUUUGAAAAGGACCUUCUUACUGAUAUCAGCUUCUCUUUUCUUUUCCUACUUUUUGAACCAGAUUCUGUUUCAAUCAGGAAGGCUUCUUGGGACGACUCUUAUAAUCUGGAAUUUCUCUUUUUAAUGAUGUGAAAUGUGUUGAUCAUGGGUGAAUGACUUGCUUAUUUCCCCCUACUGUUGAAUUUCUUUGAACCUGCCAUUCUCAACAUGGGCAGCGCCAAGCUGAGAGAUGUAUACCAACAGCAGUGUGUGUGAAUCUUAUACACUAGAUGCCUAUACUUCAGUGAAAGGCCCCGUUUGCAAACAUACAUUUAUAGUCUCUUCUUUGUUUUAGGAACAUGGUAUGAUAUAGAAGACUUGGUUUAUAAUGUUCAUAGCAUUUUUUUAUGUUACUAAAGCCAUUUUUAUAGCCCAGCAUCUUUUCUGAUUUGUGUGACUAGGACUUAGAAAAAUAUUUAUUAGUUGAAGUUAUUCUUGCCACUUUCUAAUUGAGUUCCUAAGCUUGUUUUAUUUCUAGUAAUUUCUAUUAUAAAUUGCCCAUCAUAACCGUUUACUUUAUGCGAACCUACCUCUUUUAUUUCCUGAACCAAAGAGAAAAGUUGGAUUUGAGUUUGUGAAACAUUUUCAGAAAUACAGUUUCAUUUAUAUGAGUCAUACUGGAUAAUUGUCUCAGUAUUUUUCUAUUUAAUAGUAUAUGUAGUCAUCAUGGGCCUCCACUUUAAUCUGUGGGGUUGUUUGUAGUUUUGAGUAAUACGCAAAAUGGCAAUAUUAAGGUACGUAAUUCGCUCUUUUUUUACUCAUGAAAAUCAUGGAAAUGAUGAAUAAUUUUGCUAACAUUGUUAAAAGUUUAAACUGCUGAAAAUAUGAAUAUAGUCAUUGUUCGUUAUGGAUUUAAAUUGUUCCCUGUUUUUACAUUUGUAAGGCAUGAAUGUGAUUUAUCUACACAUCUUGUAUCUUUUGAAGAAAUGAUCUUCUAUCUUUUGACAAAAGCCCAGAAUUGAAAAUAGUUUUAUUUCUAUCA